AGCUGCAGUGGGGGUCGGAGAGCCCAACCGGGCGUGAGACGAAUCGCGAGUCGAGCUAGGUCCGCGCCAUGGCAUUGAAGCGCAUACAGAAGGAGUUGCAGGACCUGGGCAACGAUCCGCCGGCGAACUGCUCCGCGGGGCCGGUGGGGGUGGACAUGUUCAACUGGCAGGCCAGCAUCAUGGGCCCAACGGAGUGCCCUUACUCCGGGGGGGUCUUCUUUCUGAACAUCCAGUUCCCAUCGGAUUAUCCUUUCAAGCCGCCGAAGGUGAACUUCACCACGAAGAUCUACCACUGCAACGUGAAUUCGAACGGGGCGAUCUGCCUAGACAUCCUGAAGGACCAAUGGAGCCCAGCGCUGACCAUCUCCAAGGUCCUUCUGUCCAUCUCUUCGCUGCUCACAGACCCCAACCCCUCGGACCCCCUGGUGCCGGAGAUUGCGCAGGUCUACUUGAAGGACCGUGCCAAGCACGACGCAACGGCCAGAGACUGGGUCCAGAAGUACGCCACCUGAGGUGCACCAAAUCAAAAAAUUCGACGCGAGCGCCGGGUGGGGUGGGCCACUGAAGAGAUUGUUCG